UAAUGAAAUUAAAUGAUUUAACUGAAUCAAGGAAGAUGUUAAAGCAGUUGAAAGAAAAAGAUGUUCGACCCCCUAGAUCAUAUAGUGAUUUUUCAAAAUCUCCAAAAUAAUUACAAUUAGACACAAUAUAAUUAUAUUCAUGGGGUAAAGAAGUAUAGUUUAUUUUAGGGUUAAACACUUGUGGUCAAUUAUUAAAAACAAAUAAAAAUAUAAUCCCUCAUUAUUAAGGUGUAUAAUUAUGUUCUGCAGGUGAAAAUCAUACGAUUAUUGUGAAUAAUAAGAAUGAAGUUCUAGGGUUUGGUGAUAAUUAAUUUGGUUAGUUGGGAUAUGAAUCUAACACGCAACCUAAGUUAACUCCAAUAUUUAAAGAUUAAAGAAUAACAAGUGUAGUUUGUGGAGCAGAACACACAUUUAUGUUAACUGCUAAAGGAGAAGUAUAUUCUUGGGGUUUAAAUUUGAAAGGCUAAUUAGGAUUGGGCAGUUUUGAAAACGCUUUAUAACCUACUCUCGUUUAUGGUCUUUUACCUUUUGGUACAAGCAAUAGCAAGGCAAGAGAACAACAGGUUGGACAUAAAAGAAUGAAGAGCACAAAUGAAGGAGAUUCAUCAACCUCUCCAGGCUUAAAAGAAAGAUCUUCUUCUAUUGAUAAUGUUAUGGAGUAGAUUGUUAUGAUGAAGGAAAAGAUUAAAUAAAAAAAUCCUAAUGAAAUACAGUGCUAAAUACUUUUGCAAAAUGAUGAAGCUGUUUAAUAAAUUUCUUGUGGAGCAUUACACACAUUAAUUUUAACGAAUAAAAACAGGGUCUUUUCGUGUGGGUUCGGAGAAUCCUAUGCUUUAGGACAUCCUGAAAAUUAAACCCUUAAUGAAUUCAAAUAGAUAUCAAAUUUACAACACUACAAAGUUGAUAAGAUUUGUUGUGGAUUAGCACAUUCAGGAUGUAUAGUUGAAGGAGGAAGAACCUUUAUAUGGGGAAUCUGCAAAUCAAACAAAGAUCACAUAAAGCUACCAUAAUAAAUAAAAAUUUUAGAUGAAUUAAAUAGUUAAUAAUGUGUUCUAGAUAUGAAAAUGGGAGAGAUGUUUACGUUAUUUCUUAAUAGUAAAGGGGAAGUUUACUCUAUGGGUGAGAAUAUCUAAGGAUAACUAGGAAUAGAAUAGACUUAUGCUGAUGUUCCAUAUAAAGUAUUGGGUUUACCCUUAAUAUCAUAAAUAUCAAGCGGAAGAAAUCAUUGUGUUGCACUAUCAGCUGAUUAUAAAUAAGUAUUCGGAUGGGGAUCUAAUAUUUAUGGCUAAUUAACUGGAUAACCUAGUGUUAAUUGUAAAGGAAUAAUAUCUCCAAAAUUGUUAUUUACUGUACCUGAAACUUAGAAGAUAGUUUGUGGUAAUUUUCAUACUUUGUUACUUUCAUCAUCCUUCUUAGAAAUCAUUUUAGAUGAAAAUUAAAAUUCUCAUAAGGACCCAGAUAAAUUAAGCGAGGAAGUUGAAAAAUGUAAAAAUGAGUAAGAAAUAUUGAAAUAAUAAAAUAUUUAAUUGCAAUAAAAAUAUGAUAGAAUGAAGAAUGAAAUUUUGUAGAAAAAGAAAGUUAAAGAUCAAAAAGUUUAAACAAAUGAAUCAUAUAUUUAAAGGCAAAUAAAAAAAUAAUAAUCUAAAUUUGAUAUUUCUGCUUUAGAGAUCUCACCUGAAAGACCGAUCAAACAUAGAAUAUUUUAAUCAAGUUUGGAUAUUGAUUUUAACGAUAUAAUGCUUGAAAAAUAGAUAAGCGAAGGUGGAUAUGGAGUAAUUUAUCGAGCUAAAUGGAGAGAAACCACAGUAGCUGUUAAAAUGUUUAAAAUUGAUGGAAUGAAUGAAAAUCACAUAAGAGAUUUUCUAUCUGAAUGUCAUGCAAUGGAAGCACUUAGACAUCCAAAUAUAGUAAUGUUUUUAGGUGCUUGUACAAAACCUCCUAAUUUGGCUAUUGUACUUGAAUAUUGUUAGAGAGGUUCUUUAUGGUAAGUUAUCUAAAAUCAUGACAUUCACUUAACAUGGGAAGAUCGUAGAAAGAUGUCUUUAGAUGCAGCAAAAGGUGUAUUGUAUUUACAUUCUUUCAAUCCACCUAUUUUACAUCGAGAUUUAAAAAGUCUAAAUUUACUUUUAGAUGAAGCUUUUAGAACAAAAUUAGCAGACUUUGGAUGGACUAGAACACUCUCUAAUUAUAUGACCAGCAAAAUUGGUACAUAUUAAUGGAUGGCACCUGAGGUAAUUGCAGGGUAAAUUUAUACAGAAAAAGCUGAUGUUUUUAGCUUCGGUAUAAUAUUAUGGGAAAUAGCAGCAAGAGAGCCACCUUAUAGAAGUAAUAUUUUAUUAAUAAUUUAGAUAUUACUGGCUUGUAGGUUUCCUUAGAUGUGUUGAAUAAUGAUUUUAGACCCACCAUACCAAAAAAAACUCCUGAAGUUUUUGCAAGGCUCACUAAAAGAUGCUGGGAUAGGGAUCCUGAAAAGCGCCCAUCAUUUAAAGAAAUAAUUAAAGAAUUGGAAAUGAUGAAAUUCCCUCCUGGAAUUUGA